UCUUUCAUCGAAAUUAUUUAUUUUGAAGACGUAAUGAAAUAUUUAUUGUUUCUUUUGAUUUUAACAUCGGUCGCAACUAAAUUAUUUGCAUUAUCGAUUCUACUAGUUGAAACUAUAUUUUCGACCAGUCAUCACAUUUGGAUCUCAAGUUUGGUAAAGGAGUUACUCCGAAAAGGUCAUCAUGUACAUUUCACGAGUAUCCAUACACUUAAGGUGGAUGAUAGUUUGGCGCAAAAUUAUACAAAUAAAGGAUUUGAUGAUGUAAUGCAUGAAUUGAUAAUCGAUCAUGAGUAUGUUCCAACAACAUGGCGCACCUAUAAUUUCUUAUACAUGAUAUAUUUUACACAUAAAUUAUCGAAUUUCAUGUGUGAAAAGAUCAUAUCUCAUCCAACUACUAAGGAUACCAUAGAAUUGGUAAAAAUAAAAAAGUUUGACAUUAUAGUGCAAGAUGUGACUUUGCCGACUUGUUUCUACGGAUUAUGGGAGUUUGCAGAAGGUAAUCCACCCGUUAUCGGCUACGUUCCUUUUGGUAAUGCACCUUGGUUGAAGGAUUAUAUCGGUGGAUCAAGUUAUCCUGCGAUCAGACCAUACGUUCACAUGUACAUGGGAAUACCAGUGACUAUUUGGGAUAGAACUCGUAAUUUUAUUUGUUACGUGCUGGAUGAUUUAUUUCGUCAUUAUUACAUGAUGCCAAUUAAUCAAAAGCUGACGAACAUUUUAGCUGGAAAAGAAUUACGUCCAUUAACAGAAUAUGAAAGGAAUAUUAGUAUUGUUCUCAUUAAUACACAUUACUCUUUUGAACCUGCUAUACCAUUACCACCAAACGCUAUUGAAAUAGCUGGCAUUCAUGCACAGACUGCUCAACCGAUUCGUGACAAGAUGAUAUGUAAAUUCCUCGAUGAUGCGGAAGACGGUGCCAUUAUUAUAUCUAUGGGAACGAAUGUGGCAUGGAACAGGAUGGAAUCAGAUAAAGUGAAGAUCGUAGCUGCUGUUCUUUCGAAAUUUAAGCAACGAAUCAUUUGGAAAUUAGCGGAGGACGUGGAUGUACAGUUGUCGAAAAAUAUAUUGGCUUUGAAAUGGAUACCGCAAAAUGAUAUUUUAACUCAUAAAAACGUUAAAGCUAUUUGGACACAUGCUGGUCUUUUGAGCACUCACGAAGCAAUCUGGCAUGGUGUUCCAAUGAUUGGAAUGCCCUUUUUCAUGGAUCAAAAUUCGAACAUCAAAAUGUUAGUAGACAAAAAGGUGGCUGUGUAUUUGAACUAUGAAGAAAUUUCGAUGGAUACUGUGGAACAAGCUUUGAGAGAAAUCAUUUACAAUCCUAUAUAUUCGCAAAAUAUGAAGAAACUGUCGCGUGAAUUUCGCGAUCGUCCUAUUCCACCACUUGAUUUGGCAGUUUGGUACGUGGAAUAUGUCAGUCGACAUCCUGGAAAAGAUUUUGGCUCUCCUGGGAGAUUCUUGACUCACAUGGAACAAAAUCUUUACGACGUUUAUAUCUUGCUUUUCAUGAUUUUUCUGAUUUCUAUUCUCAUUUGUUGGUAUUUGUUAAAGUAUCUGAAAAACUUAUCUGAGAAAUUAUAUUGUAAAUUGUUUAUUUACAAAAAGAAUAAACAAAAUUAGCAAGAUGAAACCUUAUAUUGAUUUUGAUUUACAAAAUGUAGCACACUUAAGACAGGCCACCUGUAUAAUAGUUAUUUUUGGUUUUAUGGAAAAAAUAAAUAAUGCUUAGGAUAAAGUUACAUUAUUUCAAUUCAAUGGCGGAAAGAAUUUCUUUUUUAGAGAUUUUUUUUCAUCGAACUCCACGAUUUCUUUUGCACGAGUUGAUUCUUUCUUUCAUUCUAAACGAAAAAUGAUUUAUUUCUCAAACAUUUGUUUAACAUUGAACAAAUGUCUCGUGAAUCACGCAACUGUAACGAGCCAUAUCCAUCUCUUUUUUUUGGUUAAAGUUAGAAGAAAAUGUUAGAGGAGAAAGAUGAAUGGUUCAACGAUGGACUACAUAUUUAUGAUUAUAUCUUUUUCGCAAGUGUACAUGCACAUGCAUUAUUGAAAUAGUAUAACUUUGUGCCGAGCAAUUUUUUCAUAAAAUAAAAAAUAACGGGAUUAUUCAGAUGGCCUCUUUUAAGUGUCCU